CUUUAGCGCGGCAGUUUUAAUUCGAAAGGCAAAUAAUAAUAUUAUUUUACGGGCGAAAAGGUUACAGAUUAACACCUAACCACGGAAGUCGACGCCAUAACCAUCCCCCCUUGUCUUCUCCACCUCACAAACACAAACCCACUGUAAUAUAUGUAGAUCCACAUAACCAUGUUCAGACAUCAAUAGAAGACUCAGAUUCCUCUCAUUCUCUCAAACUUCAUUUUCAGUGCUUGUACCACUUCCAGUACCACACAGAUUCUGAUCUUCCUUCUCUAGAUUUCACCGCAGUUCAGUUCCACUCAACUUUUACACUGCUUUAGGAUCGAUUCGGUGUGGAUUACUGGAUGGGAAUGCUUCACUGCCUGACUUGAAGUUUGUUGGUGCAGAUCAUUGAGGAGGCAAGGCAGUGAGGUUCUGUCGGCCCUACUGCCGCCUAUGGUCCUAACAUCACUUGAUACAUUGUAGUAUCUAAAUUGUUAUACAUCGGUCGGCAGAAUCUACUAUGGGUAGCUGAAGGAAGAGGCGACGAGGCAUGCUGUCUCUUUGCACAAAGAGAUUCCUUUGUGAAUGGUCUCAAUUUCUUAGUUAUUGAAGGUUUACGGCUUUGAAGCCGAGAGGAGACGACGAGAAAUGGGAGCUGUCGGUGGCGAAGAGCUAAUAAUGGAAGAGACAAGUGGGCGUGAAGAGAGAAUUUUGGUAUCAGUUCGUCUGCGCCCUUUGAACGAGAAGGAGAUUUCAAGGAAUGACGUUUCGGAAUGGGAAUGCAUAAACGACAACACUGUUAUAUGCAGGAAUGCGCUUUCGGUGGCUGAACGCUCCUUGUAUCCAUCUGCGUACACAUUUGACAGGGUAUUCGGUUGCGAUUGCUCGACAAGGAAGGUCUACGAGGAGGGCGCCAAGGAAGUUGCCCUCUCUGUUGUCAGUGGAGUUAACUCAACUAUUUUUGCCUAUGGACAAACAAGCAGUGGGAAAACGUACACCAUGAGUGGAAUCACGGAGUACACUGUCGCAGAUAUAUAUGACUACAUAGAGAAGCACACGGAUAGGGAGUUUCUCUUGAAAUUCUCUGCCAUAGAGAUAUAUAAUGAAUCUGUGAGGGACCUCCUUAGCAUAGACAAUUCUCCUCUAAGACUCCUGGAUGAUCCAGAGAGGGGAACCACGGUUGAGAAACUCACAGAAGAGACUCUGAGGGACUGGAAUCAUUUUAGACAACUUUUAUCUCUUUGCGAAGCUCAAAGGCAGAUAGGGGAGACGUCUUUGAAUGAAGCAAGCUCCAGAUCUCAUCAGAUUCUUAGAUUGACAAUUGAGAGCUCAGCUCGUGAAUUUUUAGGCAAGGACAAGUCGAGUUCUCUCACAGCUACUGUGAAUUUUGUCGAUCUGGCAGGAAGUGAACGUGCAUCUCAGUCGUUAUCAGCUGGUGCACGUCUGAAAGAAGGUUGUCACAUAAACCGUAGUUUGCUUACUCUUGGGACUGUAAUUCGUAAGCUCAGUAAGGGAAGAAAUGGACAUAUUCCUUUCAGGGAUUCGAAGUUAACUCGUAUAUUGCAAUCUUCCUUGGGAGGCAAUGCCAGAACUGCCGUCAUCUGUACCAUGAGCCCUGCUCAAAUCCAUGCUGAGCAAUCAAGAAACACACUGUUUUUUGCAAGUUGUGCUAAAGAAGUUGUCACUAAUGCUCAGGUAAAUGUAGUUGUGUCUGAUAAGGCACUGGUAAAACAAUUGCAAAGAGAAUUGGCAAGAUUGGAAAGCGAGUUAAAAAGCUCUGUACAAACUUCUGGAACACCCGAUUACACAUUAAUUAGAGAAAAAGAUCUCCAGAUUGAAAAGCUCAAAAAGGACUUGAGAGAGCUUACCUUGGAACGAGACUAUGCGCAAUCUCAGGUUAAGGAUCUGCUUAGAAUGGUGGAAGAGGAUAAACCUUCAAUAUCAUCGACGGAUUUGGAUGAUCAGUACCCAAGAUUACGGGUGCAGUCUUCAUGGGACUUUGAGAAUCGCCCAUCUGAGACAACAGUAAUGACAGAUUCUCGAAUCAUCAGAGAUGUUUCUGGAUCUUUUGAUGCAUCUCAGUAUUCAGGAGGACAUAGCAUUAGGUCUGAUGAUAAUUUCACGCAUCUUGUCGAAGUUGAAAAGGAUUUCCUGAAAGGUAAAUCCCCUCCACGAGUAUCAUCGAUGGUUCCCUCUUUGGUUGAUACCCGACAACAUAUGGAGGUCGUAGAAGAACUGUCUUGUGAGAACUCUGAGGAUAUCUGCAAGGAAGUUCGAUGUAUUGAGAUGGAAGAAUCAAGUAUGAAUAGAUACUUAGUUUCUACCAUGUCAGGUUCAAGCCCAGAAAGAUAUAUUAAUUCUACCACUCCGUCUCCUAUAGCGAACACAGCCACCUCAAAAGUAGUUGAUAACGGACAAAGUGAAAAAUGUAAAUUAGAAUCAUCCCCAGCAGAAGAAGAUAGUAAGUCUAACAACUUCAGUCCCUUCUAUGUAAUCCUAUCCCCUGAGAAACCUUCUCCAUGGAAUAUGGAGAAAGAUAUCUGCAACUCUGGACGAUUAAAUCUAACUAGGAGUAGAAGUUGUAAAGCCAGUAUUAUGAGAACCUUAUCUACGGAGAAUAUCAAGGAAUUCCAGGGCACGCCACCAAUUUGGCUUGGAAAAGACUUCGUAGGGCGACCUGAGGGUUUCCAAAUAAAACUUGCUGCAUUGAAAUAUGACGUUGAGUCUGAGAGGUCAUCACUAACUUGUUCUCAAACUUCCCAGAAGAGUGCCUCCAAAGAUGCGCAUGGUAACCAGAAUUUUGAUGUGUUAGAAGACGACAAAAGUGAUGUGACUACUUCAGAGCUAGAACAUGACCAGAUAUCCAAUCUUGAGAGAGAAAAUCGAUUUCCUGAUGCAGCAAAGCAGAUAUCCAACAUUGAGGGUGAAAAACAUCUUCUUGAUGCAACGGUACUUGAGGCUAAGCCACGGCCCAUUGAAUCUGAGAAGAAUGUGGAAGAUGUUGGCAUGGAUCCAAUCCAUAAUGACAACAUGAUAAGUUCUUCAAAAUGGCCGUCGGAGUUUAGUAGUCUUCAAAAGGACAUCAUUGAACUGUGGCAUAUUUGUAAUGUCUCGUUGGUGCAUAGGACCUAUUUUUUCCUUCUAUUUAAAGGUGGCGAUCCAGCUGAUUCUAUUUAUAUGGAGGUUGAGUUCAGGAGACUAUCCUUCCUUAAAGACACAUUUUCUCAAGGAAAUCCAACCAUCGAAAACGGCCAAACACCAACAUCAGCAUCAAGUAUGAAAGCACUUCGGCGGGAGAGACAAAUGUUGUGCAGACAAAUGCAGAAGAGGCUCUCAAAGAAACAAAGAGAGACCUUAUUUGUAGAAUGGGGAAUUGGAUUGAAUUCUAACAAUAGAAGAUUACAAUUGGCUCACCUUGUGUGGAAUGAUACAAAGGAUAUGGAUCACAUAAGAAAGAGCGCAGCCAUUGUUGCUAAACUUGUCAACUAUGUAGAACCAGAUCAGGCCUCUAGAGAAAUGUUUGGUCUUAAUUUCACUCCACGCCAUGAUGCUCGAGGAAUCACCUCCUUUGAGACAAAACAUGAAGGUUGUCUUGUAAUGUAAUAAGCCUAGCUUCUCGCUAAUUAUAUUGUACAGAUUGUAUUGUAAUGUAAUUUGGGUAUUUCUUUUAAUUUGUUCCUUAAUUGGAUAUUUCUAUCUUAUUCUUACUUGACCUAUAUCUUACUAUUAAUUUAAUUGUAAGGAUUAUGUUGACUUAUGAAGUUGCUACAGGAA